GUUCUACGAAUCCUUCCUUUAAUGGAGAGAGAAUGAAUGUUCUUCUUCUUCUUCUUCUUCGCCCUCCUCUCUCGUAGGAUCGAUCUUUCUGCCCCCCAUUUAUCUCUAUCGCCAUCUUUUCCCACAUAUGUCCUCUCUUCACCUUUUCUUUGGUUUCGUCGAUCUCUCUUCUGCUUUGGUGUCUGGAGGCUGCUCACUAGAUCUCUCUCUGGUUUUAUUGUAUUCACUUAGUAAAGGAAUUGUGCAGAUUAGUGGGGUUUAGGUCAAGUUCUUGGAAUGGAGAAGGAGAAAUCUCCAGCACCACCUAGUGGAGGUCUACCUCCACCAUCAGGUCGUUACUCUACGUUUUCACCAAAUGGAAGUAGCUUUGCCAUGAAAGCUGAAUCAUCGUUUCCUCACUUGACCCCAACUGGGAGCAGCAGCUCAGAUGCUAACCGAUUCAGCCAUGAUAUAAGCCGAAUGCCUGAUAACCCACCUAAGAAUCUUGGCCAUCGCCGAGCUCAUUCCGAGAUUCUUACUCUUCCUGAUGACUUGAGCUUUGAUAGUGAUCUUGGUGUUGUUGGUGCUGCUGAUGGACCUUCUUUCUCUGAUGAUACGGAUGAGGACUUAAUGUUUAUGUAUCUUGAUAUGGAUAAAUUCAAUUCUUCCGCUACUUCUACUUCUCAAAUGGGUGAGCCAUCAGAACCUGCUUGGAGGAAUGAAUUAGGCUCCACUUCUAACCUUCAGAGUACGCCUGGCAGCUCUAGUGAAAGGCCGAGAAUCAGGCACCAACACAGCCAAUCUAUGGACGGUUCGACAACUAUCAAGCCUGAGAUGCUUAUGUCAGGAAAUGAAGAUGUGUCUGGAGUUGACUCUAAGAAAGCCAUCUCUGCUGCUAAACUUUCUGAACUUGCUCUCAUUGAUCCAAAACGUGCUAAGAGGAUAUGGGCAAACAGGCAGUCUGCAGCCAGGUCAAAAGAGAGGAAGAUGAGAUACAUAGCAGAGCUCGAGAGGAAAGUACAGACUUUACAAUCAGAGGCAACAUCUCUCUCAGCCCAGUUGACUCUGUUACAGAGAGAUACAAAUGGCCUGAGUGUUGAAAACAAUGAGCUUAAACUACGAGUACAAACAAUGGAGCAACAGGUUCACCUACAGGAUGCAUUAAAUGAUGCACUGAAGGAGGAAGUCCAGCAUCUUAAGGUAUUGACGGGGCAAGGUACACCAAACGGUGCAUCAAUGAUGAACUAUGGUUCUUUUGGACCGAACCAGCAAUUUUAUCCCAACAAUCAGUCGAUGCACACCGUCUUAGCCGCACAACAAUUCCAGCAGCUUCAGAUCCAGUCACAGAAACAGCAGCAGCAGCAACAACAACAGCAGCAGCAAUUUCAGUUUCAGCAGCAGCAACUGUAUCAGCUUCAGCAACAGCAGCAGCGGCUUCAACAACAGGAACAACAAAGUGGGGCCUCAGAGCUAAGAAGACCCAUGCCUUCUCAAGGUCAGAAAGAGAGUGUGGCAUCGCCUGAUCUUGAAGCUUCCUCGACAAAAGACUGAGUGUAGACUGUUAGUGUCCAGUUUAGUAACUUGGAAAAUCUCCUUUCUCAUUGCAUGCUAAUGGAUUUGGGAUUUAUUACAUUCAAGUCUUAAAAACAAGACAGCUUAGAAGUUGCGUGUUCAGAAAUUGUUAGGGAAAUCUUUGUUUUCUAUGUAUGAUCCUAAGCUCUUGAAAAGUUCUUGGAUUUGCUCUUAGAACUCGGGUUUUGAAUCCAAGUCUGUAGUUUUUAAAUCCUA